AUGUUUGAGAACCUUUGUACCCUCCCUCUCUCGGCCGACCUGUUCACACAGGUCAUGCACCCCUCCAAGCCGUUGCUUACGGUCGGCUUGUCGAGUGGUCGCGUCGAAACCUUUCGCCUACCGAGUGAUGAUGAUGAUGGCAUGAGCAAGUCAAACAGCGGCAUGGGCUUGAUCAAGAGCGUCUGGAGCACCCACCGCCACAAGGGCAGUUGUCGCUAUCUUGCCUACAGUCAUGACGGAGAAUCUCUCUACUCUGCCGGUACAGACGCUGUGAUCAAGCACUUCUCUCCUGAGACUGGUCUGGUCAUCUCCAAGAUCGGCCUUCCUCCUAGAAACAGUUCCACGAACGCUACCGACUGUCCCGCUAUCUUGCAUGUCCUCUCGCCACAGACGCUCCUCCUCGGCACAGACUCGGGUUGCCUUUACAUUUUCGAUCUCCGCGAGAACGGCUACCUGAACCCUAAGCCCGUGCGCAAACACGUCCCGCAUGCCGACUAUAUUUCCAGCAUUAGCCCGCUUCCUCCUUCGGCAGAGAGCACGUCAGGUUUCCCCAAGCAAUGGGUCUCAACGGGCGGCACAACGCUCGCCGUAACAGAUCUUCGAGCCGGAAUUGUUGCUACAUCGGAGGACCAGGAGGAUGAGUUGCUUUGCUCCACCAUCAUCCCAACCGGCUUGGGCCCGAAGCGCAUGCGGGACAACGCCGUCGUCGCCGUUGGCACUGGUGGCGGUGUUCUGACCCUUUGGGACCGUGGGUCGUGGGAUGACCAGCAAGAGCGCAUAUAUGUGGCGGGUGGUAAGAGCAAAAAGGAUGCCGACAGUUUGGAUUGUAUUGUGCGCGUUCCAGACGAGCUUGGCUGGGGUAAGAAAGUUGUCGUUGGUGUGGGUGACGGCAGCCUGGCCAUCGUUGACUUAAAACAACGUGAAGUCCACGCUGUGCUCAAGCAUGAUGAGAUCGAGGGCGUGGCCGCAGUGUCGUUUGACUACCAGCAUCGUUUGAUCAGCGGCGGCGGCAGAACCGUCAAGGUUUGGGCCGAGUCAGGGAUCGAAGGGGAUGAAGAAGAAGAGGAAGACACUGUGCCGGGCACCAACGGCAUCAAGAGGUCUGUUGACAGCGACGACGACGAUUCCGAUAUGGAUGAUAGCGACAGUGACGACGAUCGCCCGAGGAGGAAGAGCAAGAAGAAGAGGAGGAAAGGCAAGGGCGUCCAGCAAAGGACUGUGGCGUUCCCUGGAUUGGACUAA